UAUGCGUUUAUAAGAGCGCCUGUCUGAUCUCACCACUAUCUAGUUGGAGGAGAUUCAGCCAGACAACACAUCAGAAGUGAACGGAUAGGGACUCUGGAUCUAUAAUCUGGAGCUGUCACUUAACAUGAAAGUGUCCCAAUGGAACUAAAUUCAUCGAAUGUCCUCUGCAAUGAAACAGACGCCUGGAUAUGGCUGUCUUCUCUCCAGCCUCCAUUUCUGGCUCUUAUCAGCAUCCUGGGAGUGGUGGGCAACAGUCUGGUCCUCUGCGUGUUCUGUCUCCAGAGGAAGCCGUGCAGCGUAGCUGAUGUGUAUCUGGGCAACCUGGCAGCUGCAGACCUCAUUAUGGUCCUCUGUUUGCCCUUCUGGGCGGUCACUAUUGCCCGAAACUAUCAGUGGAACUUUGGUCAACUGCUCUGCAAGGUGAUCAACACCGCCAUCUCGAUGAACUACUACUGCAGCGUACUCUUCCUAGUGCUAGUCAGUGUGGACCGCUACCUCGCUCUGGCCAAACCCCUGACUUCCAGUAGGCUGAGAUGCCCCAAAUGGGCCAAGCGUAUCUGUGUGGUGAUUUGGGCGGUUGGAUUCACCCUCAGCCUCCCAGCAAUGAUCUUCCGAGGAGUAAAAUUCGUUCCAGUCAUAGAGGUGGAAGCCUGCUACCUUUUGUACCCUCAUCCGGCCUGGGUGCUCCAACGGAACAUUACGAUGAACUUGAUUGGAUUCCUGGUUCCCCUGCCGAUCAUUUCGCUUUGCACCUUUCACAUUGUCAAAGCACUUAAAAAUCGUGGUGUCGUGAUUUUACCGAGGGUGCAGACGGAGAGGAAGGCUGCUCAUCUGGUUCUGACGGUCCUCGCGGUGUUUCUCCUGUGCUGGACACCCUUCCAGCUACUGCGGUUUCUAAACACUCUUGACUACUUUAAUCUCCUUCCUGGGUGCCUCUGGGAGAACAUGUUACAAAUAGGCAAUGAGCUGUCUACUUAUUUAGGGUAUAGCAAUAGCUCAAUUAACCCUUUCUUGUAUGUUAUCGUAGGGAGUCAAUUCCGAAAGAGAGCUCGAGGAGUUUUUUGGAGUCUUUUGCAUCCUAGACGGAAGAGCAACUCCUCUGUGCUCACAAACGUUACUGUUAUUAGCAAGUGCGGUGACAGUCCCAAAGACAACAAAAUAACACCGCUGACUGUGAGCUGUAUAGUGUGUAAAUCAUUAUGAAGAUACAAAGAAACUCAAAUGGUGGACAUUCGAUUCCCAGGAGAAACAUAUAUACCUCUUAUUUGUUUGACUGUGCAAUCCCGUUUUCCUUCUCUCGCAUCUAUUCUUUCCAUCUUAGCUGAGGUGUGGAAAGAAUGAGAUGCGAGGAUGAAGGAAUUGGUGGAAUAUUCAAGUGUCACGUCAAUAAUUACUGAUGAUUUUGCACUAAAAUGUUUUGAAAAUACUUUUGUAAAGGUAUAAUAACAUCUGUGGACUGAUGUGUUUGGUUUUAAUAUUAUUAGUGAACUGAAAGUGUGUAUUUUAUUGUUAAUCUUUUACAGUUAAUUACAACAUUUCAUUUUCAUGAAAGCAAAUGUAUUGUUUUUUAAAACUAAAACCAAGGAGUAUAUUUAAAACCAAAGCUGUUUUUAAAUAUAUAAUGUAUAUAUUUAAUGUAUAUUUGUAUCAUUGUACUUUGUGUUAUAUUAAUAAAAAUAAUUAAAACUG